AGAACUCAAGUUAUUUCCACCAGAUGAUUCCCCCAUGCCCGUGACGUCACGGGUGUGUUUUGUGAAGUUCCAGGAACCAGAAUCUGUUGGUGUGUCCCAACAUCUGACCAACACUGUUUUUGUGGACCGAGCACUGAUCGUGGUCCCAUUUGCAGAAGGUUUGUCUUCUCAUGAAACCUGUGUGUGUGAUUCAACAAAGAUAAUAGCUAGAACACACUCAUCUACUAGCCAUGGUGUUUAGAUGGGAUUUAGAGUGGAAGGCAUACACCUAACUAAACUCCAGAUUUUUGGUAUACUGUGAUAAUACAAUCUGUUUGAUUCAAAGUGUGUCAAGAACUGUAUAUUAAUUAAAAAAGACAAUAUAUCAAAAUCUACAUUGAAGUUGAGUUGAAUAACUAAAAAACUGAGGGUGCUGAACUAACAGGAAUCUUAUGUUAUUGAAGUUCUCCUCCAUACCGGACUAUCCUCUGUUAAACUUCUCUCUGUCAUUUGUGUAUGCGUGUGUGUGUUUUUGCGCGAGUGUGUGUGUGUGGUUUUGUAGUGAAGGCGGCAAAAGCAGCCCCCGGGUUGAUGGCUGAAAGUGGUUCUCUGCCCGCCAACAGGGGACUGUAAACAAUGGCAAAGGCCAGGAAGCAUUCAAGCCCCACCCCUUUUUCUUAUGUCUUUGUCUCUGCUUUCUCUUUUUAAAUUGACCUCCCAUCUCUCCUAGGUGCUCUCAUAGGGAAGCACCCCCUAGAUAAGACAUGAGGUUACAUAAUUCAUUGGUAAAUUGUCCGCUUCCAAGCUGUACAUCUGGUGAAAUGUCCAAGCACGAUUAAGGUUAAGAUUCCUUUGUCAUUUCAUAUGCAUGUUUGCACAUAAAAAAAAGAUCCAAAUUCUUGACAACUAAACAAGAGUGGCCUUUACCAUGCACAAGCACAGUACACCUUGCAGCAUGUUACAAACAAGUAUUUGGGCCACAUUGGAAAACAAGAAUCAUGUGGCAGAAUUUGUACAAUCAUUUUUUGACAGGCUCUAAUUUUAUUUUUCAUUUAUUUUUAUUUUUGUAAUUCCUAGAUUAAUACAUGGCAACUGCUACGUUUACACUUCUGAGAAUUUUGCAGUUAUAACUUUUGUUUUUGGCCUUCAUAAAAUUAUUCAAGAUUCAAGACUGUAUGACUUUUAUUGUAAUAUUACAACUUUUUUCUACAUGGUUUUUAAUUUUUAUUUUCCUUUUUUUUUUGUAACUGCAUCAGCAUGGUAGAUGAGUGAGUCUGUCUUAGAUAUAAUCAUAGAAGUUUCCAAAGACGACAUCAAUUAAUUCAUCCCUUUUAUCUUAAAUUGUGUACGAUUGCGUCUAGUAAAAAUAUACUCUUAAAAAAAAUAAAAUAUACCUUUGUCUAGGUUACACUCUUAAUAUGCAAACAGGGUUAACAAGGUGAUCCACAGUCAUACUUACAUUGUAGUAAGACUGCACUGAAGUUGUCUUGAGAUGCCUUCCCGACAUGUUGUCGAUGUUGGUACACUUCCUAACAUUUAACAGUGGUCUUCUUUUGUUGUUGUGUUUUACAGUUGUUUUUCCUGGCUCAGCCAGUCCCGUAGACUGAAAAGGUCCUGCAGAAAAUACCACCCAACUUUAUUUGUCUCCUGCAGCCAUUUUCUCUCUCUCUCUCUCUCCAGUGUGCUCUUUUUGUUUACAUGUUGUCAUGUGUGUGUCCACAAUGUCUGUCUCUUAGAGUAAGGGGAAUUGGAAGGGGGGAGUGUAUUAACUGAUACACCACUGUUCCCGGUGGGUAAGCAGCAUCAUACUUUGGGUGCUUUAGUCAAGGUAGAGGAACUUUUCAACGGUCAAUUUUGUCCCAAAACUGAAGAGGUAGUUGUCAUUUUUGCCCCAAAACACACAUCUAAAUUAAUACAUUAGUUUUGGAAUAGCCAAGCCAGACCUAAAUACAUUGGGCUGACCUGAAGAGGUUCUCUCACUAUCUGACACAUUUUAUAAAGAAAAUAUUGUCAAGACUCCCAUCUAAAACCACUGAAGGCUGUCUUAAAGCAGCAAGUCUUGUUUCAGGGUGUGUACAUUUUGUCAACCAACGUAUUGUUUUCCCAUUAACAGGUUUGUUUUAAUUUUAGGUGGCAUUUUUAUUUUGAUUGUGAUUUUUUUUUUUAACAUCAGAAAAAUGCUAUAUUACCCGGGAUGUACUACCCUUUGAUUGAGCUACAAUAAAAUGACAUUUUGUGAGUAAGGUUGCAAAUUAAAGAUGCAGCCUGGAAUGUGACUGCAGUGUGAAUGACAGGUAAGGAGAUGUUACAGCAGGGUGAAGCUACUACUGUCAUGUGGUAUAUUUAACUGUGAUGUUUUUUUGUUUCAUUUUAGUAAAUAGACAUUGUGUAGACUUUUUGGCAAACACCCUAAAAUUCUCUCUGUUGUGUGUAUCUCCGAUUUUUCUCUGUGUGUGCUUUUUAGUAGCGAAGCCGCCGUGAGUGAGUCGCUUGUUUCAGUAAACGUCUAAAUGAAACUCACAGCCAAUUGGAGAAGAGCUGGGCUUGCUCACGUUUGGUUCAUGACUUAGCAAACAAUUUCAGGCAAAGUCUGCACACCUAGAAGGGUCUAUCCCAGAUGAGGCCAAAGCUUUGUCGCUGCUGGCGCCGGCAAACGCCGUUGCGGGGAUCCUGCCCGGAGGAGGACUUCUGCCCACGCCCAACCCCCUUCCCAAUCCAGCUAUUGGAGGAAACCCAUUUGCUGGUCUAAACAUGGAUGCUAUGGCUGCAUUUGGAUUCCCUGGACCCAACAUGAACCCUCAGGCUGCUGAUCAGCUGCUGAAGCUCAUGACGGAUCCUCAACUCAACCCUCUGGCAGCAGGUCUCAACCUCAGCGCUGGCCUCAAAGCAGACGCUGCCAACAAGGAAAUGGAGGAAGCCAUGAAGAGAGUGAGAGAGGCGCAAUCGCUCAUUUCUGCCGCAAUAGAACCCGGAAAUGAGAGCAGAAAGAAGCGCUCCCGCUCCAGGUCAAGGAGGAGGCGGUCCAGAUCCAGGUCCAGACGCAGGCGAAGUGGCAGCAGGUCAAGACGGCGCUCCGUUUCGAGAAACAGGCGACGCUCCAAAAGCCCCCGCAGAAGGCGGAGCCGCUCCAGAGAUAGAGGCAGGCGAUCCAGAAGCAGAUCCCGAGAUCGUAAGAAGGAGGACGUUGGAAGGAGGAGGUCCAAAACGCCGCCUAAGAGUUACAGCACCACCCGGAGGUCUCGCAGCGUGAGUCGGAGACGCAGGAGAAGUCGCAGCGGUAGCCGAUCUCCUAAGAAGUCCCCCAAGAGGAGGGGCUCCAGGUCUCCUUCGCCUCGCAGGCACAAGAAGGACAAGAAGAGGGAUAAGGAGCGGGAACGCCGCAGUGAGAAAGAACGAAGCCGGGAAGAGCGAGAACGUUCCACCAGCAAGAAGAAGAGAAGCAGAGACAAAGAGCGAGAGAGGAAGUCGGAUGGAGGAGAGAAAGAUAUAAAAAUUACCAGGGAUUACGAUGAAGAAGAACAAGGCUACGACAGCGAGAAGGAGCGCCAGGAAAGGAAGGAUUCCGACUACUCGGCCAUGUCUCCUCAUUUCACAGAUGGCAACGGCGACUCACGGCAGGCCAACGGCGACGACGACGACACCCACGAGGACGACAUGGACGUCAGCGACUGAGCGACUUGACCAUCCCUCCCUCCCUGAUCACCGCCAGGCUGUCUUUCCAUCCAAACAAGAUGAACGUUUAAUCAAAAAUGUGAAUUAAUGUGAUUUAAAAUUUCCUCUGGCACACUCUCCUGUCGCGAUUUGCUACUUCAAUUGCAACCACAUUUAGUCCUGUGUGCCCCCGUCACUCCCACCAUGGAGAAUUUGUCACUCAUACUAAAAGUGUGAAACUGGAAGACACAUUUGUUGCUUUCCUUAAGUUGUUGCCUCCUCACGUUAUUGUUUCCUUUUUGUAGGGUCUCGUGAUUGUUGCGUUUUGGAACAGUCGUAAGUUAGCUUCUCGUUAUUUGAAAAUGUUUUAUCAAGGUUUUCUUUUAUAUAAUAAAAAACAAUUUGGUGA